CUGAACAGGCUCGCCGAUGUGGCGGGUACCCAAGAGCCCAUCUACGGACCCACGGCCAUCAAGUCCGUCGCCGAGGAGGCCAAGGAGACGACCUUCACCGAGCUCACCAAGAACGAUCUGAAAUGGAUCGCCGCCGACUCGACCUCGGUCGAAACCCAGAGUUUCUACUUGAUGGCUGAUAGCGGACACCUCGGGCUGGCCCAGGUCAUUUACAGUAACGUCGGCGGUAUUCGUACGACCUGCCAAUUCAACGCCAAGAUCUUCUACCCCGAGAACUCGAAGCCCACGCUUUGGGAGACCUCGCAACUCAACCACUAUGAGAUCAGCGAGGACCGAUACUCCUUCUACGCCGAUGACUGCGCCGUCGAGCUGUCCGAGGACGGCACCUACUACACGAUCAAGAGCAUGAACUCGGAGAACGCUCUGGUCAACCUCAAGGUCACCCGCAUGUCGCCCGGCUUUCACGCUGGCAAGACCGGCAAGACACUCUUCGGCACCGACAUGUCGAAGCCGUGGGGUACCAUGCGCCACGCUUUCUGGCCGCGCUGCGAGGUGGAGGGCACCAUGACCACCAAGGACGGGCCCGUCGACUUCAAGGGCAGAGGUUUCUACGUUUAUGCGCUGCAGGGCAUGAAGCCGCAUCACGCCGCUGCCAAGUGGAACUUUGUCGACUUCCAGGGCCCCAACUACUCUGCCGUCAUGAUGGAGUACACCACCCCGCCCUCGUACGGCUCCACGACGGUCAGCGUUGGCGGUAUCGCCAAGGACGGCGAGAUGAUCUACGGCGGCGUCACGCAGACCGCUAAGCACACCAAGUCCAAGAACGAUAGCGUCAAUGAGUGGCCCGAGCCCGAGGAGAUCAAGUUCACCUGGGCCGGCAAGGACAAGGACGGCAAGGUGGUUGACGCCUCGAUCGAGGGCGCCCUGGGCGAGAGGCUCGACAGAGUGGACGUCUUGGCCGAGGUUCCUGGCUUCGUCAAGAAGAUAGUAGCGGGAACGGCCGGUACCAAGCCAUACAUCUACCAAUUCUGUCCGACAAAGAACAAGCUCACCCUGAAGCUCAAGAUCGGAGACCAAGAGAUCUCCGAAGAGGGACUGUGCUUCAGCGAAGCUACUUUCAUUUCUGAAUAG